AACAGCUAUUAUGGAAAGCAGUGGCUGGAGUCCCAGGGAGCGAUCAUCGAUCUGCUGGAGGUCGAACUUCCAACAGAACCUGCUAAGCCCGAAAAGGUAAAGAUUAAAUAGCAACAAAAACUUCUCUCCUCCACAGGGGUUAAGCUUUGUGUGCCACACUUGACUCACUCGUUGCAGUGGAAAUCCAAUAAAUUAUAGUGAACUUACACAAUAGGACAGCAGAGAAAAGAAGACGACAAACCUUGUGUGAUAAACGUGACUGUAACUGUGUUAAAAAAAAAUUCUGCCAAACUUCACCUUUCUUUAAACAGACAUUUUUGUAAACAACCAGAACACAUUUAUUGUUAAGUAAAGUUCGCCACAAAAUACACAAGUAAUAUCCCUGUCACCUUUGUCACACAUGAAAGUUUUACCAUCCUCUUCUCUCUGACAUCCUGUUGAGUAAGUUCACUAAUGUCUGAUAUCAUUUAACUUCUGUAGAGGAGAGAUAAAAAACCGAGCUUAUUUGAGGUGUAGGGAUGUUAAAUGGUUCUGAUUUUUCAAGUUUGUGUUCAUGGAUUCUUGUAAAUUAACAUUUAAGGGCCAGCUGUUUUGAAGUCUCUUCUUUGCAUGGCCAAUACCUUACAAUCAUUCAUAAAUAUGACUAUUAAGAAAGAAUGAAAAAAUCGUAAGGGUAACACAAUAAUUUGCAAACUACUGGAUCACCAAUAAAGUUAUUAUUAGAGUAACUUACUGGGGAUCCAGUAGUUUGCAAAUGAUUUUGGUCCACAAAUAAAGACAGAAAAAGUAAAAUGAAAAGAAGAAUAAAAAGAAUCCUAACUGAGAUGAGACAACCAGUUGUACAAAUAUAUAAACUGAGGAGUUAAACCUCAGGUCUACUGAGAACAACCCCAGCGAGUGAUCAAAUUGGGACUUGAUCUUGAAGUGACUGGGCUGAAACCCAGUGCCCUUAAGGUGGCUUGACCUAGUAUUUUAAUAGGCACACCCUCCAUCUUUGAAUCUUUUAUACUUUAAUAAACAAAUAUAUCAAGAGAAAAAAAUUACAAAAAUUCAAGAAGAAAAUUAAUGUACAAUUCUAAUUAAACCUAAAAAUUGAAUUAAAAUGCUUUAAGUCUACUUUUAAAAGAUUCCUCAGACAGGGCGAUCCUUGCGUCUAAAGGAAGAUCGUUCCAAAGUGCAGGCGCGCAUGAUCAAAAAGCGUGACUUUCAUAGUUCUUUGUCAUAAAAAUCAGUCUAUGUAGGUGGGGAACAGAGACUCCUAACUGGUCGGUCAAUAUUGAGUAUAUCAGUCAAGUACUUGGGUGGUAAACCGUUUAAAACCUUGUAAGCUAUGAGAAAAAUCUUAGAGAUGAUAGGUUUUCAAAUAGGCAGCCAAUGAAGCUUAUGGAGAAUUGGAGUUACUGUAUGUAAUCCCCUUUCCUAGUCCUAGUAACCAGUUGAGCAGCCGAGUUCUGAAUACGCUGAAGUGAGAGAUGUCUUUAUCUGAGAGACCAUACAAUAGACUCUGAUCUUACAAUGGUCCAAUUUAGAGGACACAAAGGCCCCGGGGGGGGGGACUUCCUUAUGAAAAAGACGGGGAGGCUUUGUAAAUCAGGGUGUUCCGGCAGCGCCAAUAUUUUUCCAGGGUUAGGGUUCAAGAAACACAGAAUUACGCGAAGAGAAACAGAUGUCAAAUUUUCUUUUUAACUUUGUUUGUUAUGUCUUUAUAUCAUUAAAACUCAUUGCAUGUCGAAUUUGUGUGUUUUUAAGCGGUCUCUUUUAGGGGUCAAAAUUUGCUUAAGCCACGCCCAGAUUGGUCUCCUUUAGGAGUUAAAUUCAAAAUUUCCGACGAGCAUCCCCGUCUAUUUCAUAUGGGAGUCCCCCCGGACAAAGGCUUGAAUCACGGCAGUUUUUCUGUGUUCGGUUGAUCCAGAUACUAACAAAUAUUACCAAUACACUUGAGGGCAAAGAAUGCAGACAUAGAUACUAGAGAUGUGAGGACCAGAACCAUAUGCAGUAGAUAUACAUGUAAUUAUCCAGUUAAGUGGAAAGCAGUGGUAUCACCCCUUGCAAUAAUAAUGCACCUGCAAAAAAAGAUUGUUUGAAUACUUGGAUGAAAAUUAAAAUUUAUUACCUUUAUGGAGAAGAAUGUUGCCUUGUGUGGUGUCAGCUGUUCUAACAACUUUUUUAACAACCGAGUUUUUCUGGCCAUGUUGGCUUCCAUGCUUUGAAAAUUAUGGAACUGACGUUUCUUUAUUAAUAGAAUGUUCUCACCUCCUAAUAUAAACAUACUAUUCAUUUCUGCAGGACCGCAUUGCUGCUUUUCAGAUGUUUGCUGUUAUGUAUAUUAAGUACAUACAAAUAUUUAGAAGAAUUGAAGAAUGCUAUGAUCAGGUACCUAAUUAUUCGCAAUUUUUGUCUGUUACCUUUCAUGCACUGACAGAUUCUUUAAAGAAGAUGAAUUGAACAAUGAUUCCAGAGGACAAGAAAUCUCCUUUAAAAUUUUGCAAACUGCAUGUUUUCAUUUUUUCACCUUUACUCAGAAAAGUUGAUUGAUUGAUUGAAGGAUUUGAGAUGAAUAAUGAUUCCAGAGGAAAAGAAAAUUCCUUUAAUAAUUUGAGACUUUGCAAACUAGUGCUUUAAAUAGCUUUUUCACCUUUUGUCAAAAAAGUUGACUGAUUGAUUGAUUUAAUUAAUUUAAUUUACAAGUAUUUGUCUCCCUAGGUGGUGCAUCCCCAGAAAAGAAGAGUCCUGCGGCAUUUACUAGAUGGUAUAAUGGGAAGGAUUUUAGAACUUAAGAAUGAAAUGGUGCUGUUGGAAUUUUCUGAAUAUCACUACUUUGACGAUGUUCUCUCAGAUCUCAAACUUACUCCGGUAAGUUCAUUCAACUUGAUGUGAAACAUGGAAAUUGUUAUAUACAUGUAUGCUAGUCUAAUUUGCUAGUAGCCCUACAGUAAAUAGCUGACAGUUUGUGACACCACUACUGUUUUUCUCAUGAAAUGACAUAUGAGGAACGAGGAAGAAAUUCCAUGCUAGUGAUGACACGGCACUAUCCAGAUCUGGUUGGUGCUUCUGAUUAACUGGUUGAAUUGGUGAAGUGUCAUCAUUAGACUUAGAAAUAGGCUAGCUCUCCCCUUUCGGAUAGUUUGAAUGGUUAAAUGUAAUGUAUGGUACAUAUCAGUCAACAAGCUGUAAACAUAUUUAAGAGUGAUGGAUUUAAUUCCUUCCUCUCUUUUUCUUCCUUAUUUACUUGUAGGAUGACAUAGAAAUUCCUAUUCCAAAGUACUUCACAUAUGAAAAUUCUAAGGUUCUUCAAGAAAGAGAAAAAAUGCUCGGUGGAAUCCUGGCCAAAAUGGGGCCUCAGGACACUACUCCAGUGAGUAAAUAUGUAAUGUUGCUGAAAAAAAUUUGUUGGCAAAAUUAAUUUUUUAUUGCCGUUAAACCUUCAUUAACCCAUACGAUCCUGGAAAUUUUGCCAAAAAUUGCAUUUUGAUAGUUGAUCUGUUUUCUGAUAAUUAACUGUCUUGCUUUUAAGAGAGAAAACUUACCACAAAUCUGUUCACAGGUCGUACACUUUGCGGCCUCCUGAUCCAGAUGCAAAAUAUUCGUUAAUGUGAAGUUUGGGCAUGCACAGAAAGCUCUUGACUUUUUUUUUCACUUCUCUCCUCCCCACUUCUUUUUCUUUUCUCUCCUUAUUUUUUUUUCUGUUGCUGGGCAUUUAGUAGGCUUCAUUUUGUAGGGAAAAGUCUUUGGGAGAGCUUUUAGGAUCUUAGGAUUAGAUAAAAGGAAAGGUAGGUGGGUAGUGGAACUAGAUUUUCCUGGAAAUUUUUGGGUCAUUAUGUUACAUGGUUUUUGCCUUUUUCUCCGGCCUCCUUGACUGAACCAUGCACAUUAUGGUAUUGUUUGAAAGACCUCUUCACCCAGCACAAGUUAGCGGACAAAGUUAUCCUUGAUUGUGAAAACUGAUGUCAGGUCACAAGCAGUAGAAGGGACAUGCAUGGAUCCUCAUGGGUGGUUAUGGGCGGUUCAGGGGCAAAUGGGUUUAGCAGACACCUAUAAUAAAGCAUUCACCCUAUUUUGAGGCCAGUAAUCAAGUCCUGAAACAAUUGUAGAAAAGUGUUUGCUGGGUAGAGCACAGCCCAUAAAGUACUGGUCUCAGCUGUAUCUGUCACAGACAGAGUUUACAGUACUGUCAGUGCAGGUAUUAAGAAAUAUGUAGCUUCAGUUGUCAAUUAAGUUUACACUCACUGAAUGUUUUUCUUUUCCAAUUUUUCUAUCAAGCAAAAGGAAGAAAUACAGAUGACACUGGAUGAUGCUAUCAGACUUAUUCAGGUUGGUUUAAAAAUUUGAAAACUUUUUGAAACACUCGCAGCAUUUGCAACUUAGCUCCUAUUUAUUUGUUGCAUCUUAGGUUCAUGAACGAGCAAGGCAAGGAAGACUUCGAGCAAAAUUUAUGAGAGAAAUCAGGUACUUGAUUAAGGUUUUAAAAAUUCAAUUUAAUUCAGUAAGCCAAACAUAGUUAUAGAGUAGGUAAUGAUUAAAUUACUAGUUACUGCAAGUAGUAUUACAACCAAAGAUUAUGGAGUGGACAGAACCAGUGCAAAAGCUGUUUCUCCAACACUGUGCUUGGCAUAAAAAGUUUCAUGAAAAUGUGAUAGAAUGUAAAAAAGUUGGUGAUCAGAUCACCAUUGACAGGUUAAGCCCAAAUUUGCAUGAUUUGAUUUCUAUACAUUCUAUUCCUUCUCAGUGUAAAUCCCAACGAAUUUCAGCUAUACAUGCCACAUAUGUCUAAUAGCUACCUUGGUGCAAAUCAAAUAAUAAUAUCGUUUAAUCAAAUAUUAGGUAGCAUGUCUUACCAAUCUUGUUCCUGUAGAUUUUCUUUUUUGGCAAGUUGGGGAUGAUGUCAUUCCCCCUUGCAAAAUCUGUCGUGUUGCUAGACAUGCUAUCAAUGAAUCAAUCACUGAUAGCUGUCCCAUUCAUUCUCAUUCUAAUUUGUAAUUAGAAUUUUUUUUAUUUUAUAAUUUCUUCCUAAAACCAAAAUACAUAAUUUAAUGUCCUACAUUAGAAACAGUCUAAAAUAUUGCCAAGAUUUAUUAGUCAUACAAAAUGUAUACAGAAGGUUACAGCAAAUUAGUGCUUUGAUUAAUUGGAAACACUCUUUUUUUGUAUGUGUUCACUUGUGAGAUGAAGUAGUUUAGGAGGUUUGACUGUGUUAAUUAUUUCUUUGAUUUUUUUUAAAGGCAACAAGAAGAAAGAGAGAGGCAAGCUCAGUUACGAGGAGCUCCAACCAUGGAGGAGCUCAAAAAACCAUGGAUCCACAACUUUCUUUAAUAUAAAUCGCGCAGCAGGUGAAACACAUUAACCUGGCGACUCAAAAGUUUCAAAAGGUAACGAUUUUUUGUAAGAUCGGCGCUUUAAAUUCAAGUCCAUUCAAUGAAAAGGCAUUAUAAUUUGUUUAAACUAUCUAUAUUGUUGCUGCUAUCUAGACCUUUUGGUACAAGCAAGUCCAUUCAAUAAAAUGUGUGCAUACUUAUACCUUAGGAGGUGUGUGUGGCCAAGCGGUUAACACCUCGAACUCCAGAUCUGGAGGUCCGGGGUUCAAGCCUUGCCUGUCGCGUUGUUUCGUUAGACACAGGAACUUUACUCCACUUUGUCUCUCUUCACCCAGGUGUAUAACUAAGUACCAGCGACAUACUGCUGGGUGGUAACCCUGCGGUGGACGAGCAUCCGGUUCAGGGAGGAGUAGCAAUACUCCUAGGUACCAGUGCUUCAUGCUAAAUUAAAAGAGAGGUAUGAGCAGGGAUGAGAUCGAAGUUUUUGAUCUACAGGUGUGAUAGCCGCACCAUUGAAAGGUGCUCUCUUACUCUUUAAUGCUGCCAGGGAUGGCCAUUCUUCUUUGAGAAUGAUGUUCCUUCUGUGUUGGAAUUCCUUUUCCUAACAAUAAUACCCUAACUAGCUGUAGAUAAUAAAAUUGUUAUUGGUUUGACACAUAGGUUUGGAAAGGUUAUUCGCAAAGGAGAAAAACCAAGAAAAUGAGAGAAGAGGAAUUGAUAUUUGUCGGAAUGGUAGGUGCUAAAUGUUUUCGUCAAGUGUAUACCACAUGCUUUCAUUAGAUCAUUAUGUUGUAUUGGAUAUGUAAAAUUAUUAUUCAUUGUCUCUUGGACUUGUCUCCAGUCUCCCCAAUCUGAAUCUGAGGAAUGGAAAGAUACACCCAUGUAUACAGCAAACAAGACAGAGGUAAAAUUAUCAUUUUAACAAAAAUAAUUUAGAACAUACAGCUCUUUUUUGGUUGGUUGGUUUGGCAGACUUUGGCUCAUUGAAGAUAAUGUCUAUGCUUCUCUUGUGUUGUUAGGAACACAGAAGAGUUGUACAAGAAGAGCAUGAGAGGGAGUACCAACAGGUUGGGUUUGCUUUAGUUUUGCCAACAUUUCAUGCUUUUAUUUUCUUUUUUUAUGAACAAAGGCUAUCAUCUAGUUUGUUGUCAUCACCAUCAUCAUUAUCAUUAUCAUCAUUGUGAAAGGUUUGAACCCAGGAGUCAUUUCAAAAGUAGGUUGAGUUUAAUAAUUGUCCUGGUGAAUGUAGUCCUGAAUAGGACUGUUGUUGUUGACAGUGACUGACGUUUUGACAACCUGUGCGGUAGUCAUCUUCAGAGUCAAAGUGAGUUGUAUCACGUCAGUUGAUGGUAUUAUACUCUGGUCAUUGAUCUGAUUGGUCAAAUACGUCGCGAUGGUAUUGGUCGUCUGUCAGUUAAGCCAUGAUGUUAUUGGCUAUGAAGACUCGUAAUCAGUAAUUGGUGCGUUUCGAUCUGUCUAUUGUCACAGUUAAACAGUCGUCUAUUGUUAGUCAAAUUGUCAGUUCUCUAGUCGUUCUCUCGUAGUUAGUUUUGCUUGAUCUCAUCAAUAAGUCGUUUGUACGGCGCUGGUAACUGUUGGCUACGAUUCAGUGGCAUUUCAUCAUCUCAUCAAAAACACCACCACGACCGUUAAUUAUACAAUAUCAUUACCAAUAGAGAGGAGGAGUGCUUACGUCACAUUGCCAUGGUAGCAAAAUUUUUGGAUGACAACAAACUGAUAAAGUCAUAUAAAAGUCUAUUUGCACUAUUUCAAACUUCACCGAUCUUAUUCCAUUUCAUUUAAUUUGGCAAAUCUUGGCGAAAUUUUCUUUGGGACCGUAUCUAUCGUUAUCUAAGUUUAGAAAAGAAAGCGACAAUUUUUGUGUUCUGUUCACCAACUCCAUAAACCGGGCUCAUGAAAUUGGGAAGUUUCAUGUCAUAGUUGUGCAAUGAUGGCAAAGAAAUGUACAAAAUAGUGUGAUUCACAUGCAAAAUUGUUGUUUGUUAAUAUAAGUUACAUAUUAUUUUUGCCGUUCUCCUUGCCGUCACUGUCAUCGUUGGUUUUGUUGUCAUCUACCGUGGUAACUUGACAUCACACUUCUCUCUAUAACAAAAUUGUUCAAAAUAUUUUUUCAUUUCUGAUUGGGACAUUUAAUCCCAUUGCUAAAAUUUUCUACAUAACCAGCCAGCAUUUUAUUUUGCUGUUUCUGUCAAAUAUCUUGACUGAAACAUGGAAGACUGAUAGUCUUCAUGCAAAUACAGUGGCAACGUGGAUAUUACAUUACUUAUGUUGGUGAGAAAUUGGUGAAAGAUUUCACACAUUAUGCAAAGACAAAAAAACUUAUUAUUGUCUUCAAACCAGAGUAGGAAUACCAAAAUUACCACUCAAAGGAUGAUAAUUGCUUUUUGAAGUAUAUCUGCAAGGAAAAAAAUUCAUUCAUAUCCCUUUUAAACAGGCAAGAAACUUAAUAAAGGCGUGACUAUUUUGUUGUCGCUGUUUUGUAGGCACUUGUGUCCAUAAAAGAAAAGAUUCGUGAAAUAGAAGGACCUGAUAUGAAAGAAAACAUGCAGGAUCAAAUUAGACAGUGGUUUAUAGAAUGCAGGUGAGAUUAUAAGCUUGUGUGGAUUCUGAAUAAACUGUAAAGGUAAACCCACAUUGUGAAGCAACAUAAAAGUUACUUAUUUGGCAAUAGACAGUACCACAAGAAAGAACUGCUCAGUAGCUUUCAUUUGAAUGGCCACACUUUAGAUUUCAUUGACAGACUCAAAAGUUAGAACCACCUCACACACUCACACACUUUAUUAACAAUUGACAUACAUGAAGUCCGUUCAAGCCCUCAAAUAGAAGGUGCUAGUCGAGGCAGGCGGAGAUACAGGGUGUAGCAGCCGUCUUGUUGAAACAUGACACAGUACCUCAGGAAAGCACCACUCAGGGGCUGAAAUUCCACUCAGUGUAAAGCAUUCUGGAAUCCAGAAAAAUUUUUGCUUGUGGAAUCCAGAAUCCGGAAUCCGGAAUCCUAUUCCCAGAAAUUUUUGUUUGUAGAAUCCGGAACCCUUGGCUUUGGAAUCUGAAAUACAGCUCAAGGAAUCCGGACUCCCACUGACGAUUAGAAUCCCGAAUCCAAGUUCUACGAAUAAGGAAUCUAGAACUUGGAAUCUGGAAUCUAUGGUGUGGAAUCCAGAGUCCAAGCCCGUCUUGGAUUCCCAUAUGUCUUACUUAGGGGGAGAAAAUUUAGCACAAGGCAUUAGUGCUAUUAGUUAAUUUGCGUGAUUUUGUUGUCAGGGACAAAACAGGCAAGUUUCCUGAUUAUCCCGACGAUGAUGAAGGUGGUUCGGCUGCCAUUUUCAAAGAGAAAGAUCCUGCUGAGGUAACUUUUAAGAGUUUCUCUGGUUACUUUUUGUAGUUUACUUUUGACUUAAGGUAAAAUUCCGAAAAUAAGUCCCUCCAAAUAUAAGCCCCCAAACCAGAAACGUAAAAAACCCUCCGUUAAAUCGCCCCUCCAAAUAUAGGCCCCUGGGGGCUUGUAAUUGGAAAAUUGCCCUCAAAUACAAGGUAAAGCAAAGCAAAAACGGUAAAUUUACUUCCAACUAUAAUGCUAGCCCAAUCGAUUUUGAGACGCAAAGUUCUCUCCGUAGAUAAGCCCCUCCAAAAAUAAGCCCCUCAAAAAGGGCCCCUGGGCUUAUUUUCGGAAUUUUAUGGUAUGUUGUAAAUAAGUGUCUAAUGAGUAUUUUUUCGUUUAUUUACAUUUACUUUUGACUUAUGUUGUUGAACAAGUCUCUAAUGAGUAUUUUUUUGUUUAACAUCUUUUUUGCAGAUGGAGAAAGAAGAAGGACAGGUAUUUACAUUCUGUUACAGUAAGAAAAUAUAAGAAAAGAUUCUCUGUUCAUUAUUUCACAAUGAAGUUGUACUCAUGGACAACGUACUAAAAAGUGUUAUCCACGUGAAGAGGUGUUUUGCUCUUUAAACCUGCGGCUGUUUGACGUUCGCGUUACUGUCGCUCUGGGCCCAGUUGUUCGAAGGCCGGUUAGCGCUUAACCCGGAGUUAAAUUUAACCCUGGGUUCAAAAGCAUUUUCUCGGAUAAUUUUCUCUCUUAUUUUUAGAGCUUCCAAUCAUCAACUUGUGCACAAAAAGAAUUAAAACUGAAUUGCUUUUAAAGCUUUCAAAUCUUAAUUCAAAUCUCGCACUAACCCUGGGUUAUCUUAACGCAGCUUCGAACAACCCGGCCCUGAUGGGAAACUCACUACUACAAAAAUAAAAUAAUAUCCUAGGAUGCUAUUGAUUUUGCCACAUCAAUUGUUUGCGUAUCUGUAACAAGUCAAAAUCGAUUGCAGGAUGACGAUGGAGGGAAGAAGAAAAAAGGAAAGAAGGGAAAAAAAGAAAAAAAGGAGAAAAAAGACAAAAAGGAUAAAAAAGGAAAAGGCAAAGGAAAGGGCAAAGGAAAAGGCGGGGAUGAGGUAAUUUUUCUUUUUUUUUUUGGUUUGUAUUUUCUUUUUUUUUGAGGAAAAAAAAAAUCCUCUUCUUGUGGUUUCAUUCUUUGCUUAUCUCCCCUUUUUUGCAGGAAGAAGAGGAAGGAAUAAAAAUGCAAAUUUCAAACUUUGUUCUAACAGUCAAUGAAGCCGCUGCUACAUAUAAAGGUUGAUGUCAAAUUUACAUGCACUAAUCUUGCUUCUUUAGAAGAAGUUUCUUGAGAUCCAUCUAUUUUCCCUCUGUUUUGUAAGACCCUUAGGAUGCCCCACUUGGUAGCCUGUGUAGCUGGCAGGAUUCUUGUGCGCGGGGUGCUUUUUUGGCAGCGGAAUCGCCACGCGAAGCGAGUGGCAAAGCCGCGAGGGAAAAUGAAAUUGAUUUUAAAUUAACUUGUACUUACUCUUCUCGCGGCUCCGCCGCUAAAACAGCACUCCCACGCUAAUUCCGCCAGCAACACAGGCUACCCACUUAGAGGAGAUUGGGUACAAGCUUUAGGUGCAGUGAUUUCUGGGACAGUUUGAAUGGAUAAGCGUUAAUAGUUAUGAUUGGUCGUUGGUAUUCAAGGCAGCCAUUAACCAAUCAUAAGUAACACUCGCCAAUUGAAACGAUCCCAGAGAUCGUUGCGCUGAAAGCUUUUACCCAAUCUCCCCUGAGUGGGAAAUACUGAGGGUCUUUCAAAACAGAUGGAAAAUCGAUGGAUCUCAAGGAACUUCUUCUAAAGAAGCAAGAUUAGUACAUGUAAAUUCCCCUUAUAGUACGUUUCUGUAGUGGGGAAUAGACUCCAGCCUAUGUUUUGUUUUUGCCAAUGUGGGUCUCAAGGAAAUUGCCCUUUGUCUUUUCAUCAAUUUUGCGUUCACAUGAACGUGAAUACAUCGAAAUUUGAAGUAAACCAUUCCCUAGAGCGUUUUCACAUGAGCUUCACUGGGAAAAAAGAGGUCUUAUUAGCAUCUUACUCUCAACAAAAAACUGAAUUUUUCACAAAAUAGCCAAUUGUGCAUCUCAUGCAUUUAUUUUUCAUUAAGACGUGUGGCAAUUCAGAGAGGAGGUAAGCAAUUUUGAGCAGAAACAUGAUGCAGAGUUGAUCAAGGAGGCCAAAAGGUAUUUAUUUUAUUUUUGUAUAAACUAGUUCUGAGAUACAGAGUUACUCGUGUGGCAAUAGACAGUACCACGGGAAAGUACUGCUCAGUAGCUUUCAUUUGAAUGGUCACACUUCAGGAGUUCAUCCACGGACUCAAAAGUUAGAAUCACCUUGUGCAGCAUAAUAAACAGCACCACAGGAAAGUACUGCUCAGUAGCUUUCAUUUGAAUGGUCACACUUUAGGAUUUCAUCCACGGACUCAAAAGUUAGAACCACCUUGUACAGCAUAAUAAAAAGCACCAUAAUAAUCUGAAGAAAUGUCUUGAUUUCAUCCCAGAAAAAUUAGAAAAUGCAUAAUAAAAAACACCCGGGAAAUUCUAGUAAUUCAUUUAUUUAAAAUGCGACUCAAAAGUUAGAAAUUCAUAAUAAUCUGAAGAACUGUCAAAAAAUCCAAGUGCAACCCCAUUCUGUAAAUUUAAAAUGCGACCCCCAAUCCAGUCGUGAACAUGCGACCCAUCCAUUAGCCUCUUAGCCUCUUAGAAGGAAGUACCCCCUCCCCCCCGGGUGUGUUGUUUCCUGAAUGUCUAGUGCACCUCCAUCGAGGACUAGUGUGGCGCUCAGACAUCACAUUAAGCCUCUAAACGAGUGAACUGUGUAUCGGUAUAGCCUGUACACAGAGCGCCUGGAGCGCGCGAAAGCGAGCUCUUUCCCGCCCUUUUGCGCUAGCGGUCAAUAAAUCCCCCGCGCACUGGACGAUCUCAAAAAGAGAAAUAUGUUAUGUCUAUGAACAGGCUAGUAUCGAUUUGUAACAGUGGAUUUUGAAUUUACAGUUUAGCGUCUCAUUUUUUUUAAGGAUUGAAGUCGAAGAGGAAAUUCGUAAACAAGUCGACGAGCUCAUGCGACAGGAGCUAAAGAACUUAAAAAUGGUUUGUUCUGACCGUAGUGUAAUACAUUUUGUACUGUAUAUACUUUUCUCCUCCUCCCAUCGAUGGACCGUAAAGUCACAUACUCAGAGUAAAUCAAACUGAUCAUAAUAUGAUAUACUAGGAAACGCGUUAGAUUUCUAGACUUUAAAGUAAUCGCGUUCCUCAUCUUUAUACUAGACGGCUCAAACGUCUUAAACAACAAGGACGUCUAUUAACUUUGUCGAUCGGGCAUGUCAAACUUAAGGCGUCUGUCUUAUUUUCACAUUUAUCUUGUUUUCUAGUUCUGAUGGAUUCAACUAUUUUUUUGCGCGUAGUCCUACAAAGUAUAUACACCCCGGAAAUCUUCAUUGCACUUUUUUUGACCAGAAGAGUUACUGAGAGAGGUUAAACCCUCUCUUAAAGGUAAUGUUACACGAGACGAUUCGCAACGACGAUUUUUAGCGCAACGCUCUGUUGCAAUGUUGGAACAAUAGGGCCAUUUAUACUAGGAAAAAUAAGACGCGUCUUAAAUAAGACGCGAACUGUACCAUUUAUACGAGCAUGUCCUAUCUAAUAAGACGCGUCUAAUUUUAGACGGAAUGUGCCGUUUAUACGGAAAGUUCGCGUCUUAUUUUUCCUCGUAUAAAUGGCCCUAAUGUUGCAGCUGUUCGAAACAACGUCGCAACAAUGUUAUAAUGCUGUGUUGCGCUUAAAAUCAUCGUUGCGAAUCCUUCUUUGUGACAUCACCUUAAAAUUUCUAACCGUUGAUAACUUGUUUCCGUCACUACCACAGUAGGGACUUUAAGAUGCCACGACAGCGAAGACAACAAGAACAUCAAAAAGCAAAAGGUUGAAUAGGCAAAACAACAACUCUGCACACUUUUUUGUAGAUUUCUUUGCCGUCACUACACGACUACGACGGGGAAAUGCCUAAUUUGACUAACUUGAAUAUGGUUCUUAGGAAUUCGGCUCAAAAAGAAUUCGCUUGCAUUUAACAAAGUAAAUGAGUUGGAGUAAUCGCGAUAGAGAUUGAAAGAACACAAUUUCACCACUUUAAGCGACGUUUUCGUGGCCUUCGCCGUCGUGGUAUCUUAAACUCCCUACUCUCGUAGCAGAAUGAUGGCGGGUAUGACGUUUUAUCACCAAAGUGACGCUGGUCCACGCGCGCGCACGAUUUUUAUUGCGAAAAUCUCGCCGUCCUAGUCCUCCUUGUCUUAGAAUCUAAGGUUCGGUUAUUAAACCUUAGACCGCGGUUAAGGAAAUCUUUGGACCAGCAGAUCUCUCCCUAAGUGUGUAAACGUGGCCUUCGUCGUUUCUGCGUGGCCCUCUAUGGAUUUUUUGUCUGUUUUCUCCAGUCGAGCGAAACCAGCCUUUGGAGCGCGCGCGUUUGAUUUUGAUUACUUCAUCAUCCAUUAUGACGUAUUGUAUUCUUAUCUUACAAAUCUAGUCCGACUGAGAGGAAACGUAUACACGAAACAAACCCUUUUCUUUUUGUAUUUUCAGGCUGUUGACAGAGAGAAAGGAGGAAAAAAGGGAAAGAAAGGCAAGAAGAGUGGGAAGAAAAGUGGAAAAAAGGCAAGGUUUCAAAACUUUUCAAAACACAGUAGUUUUACGCAAGAUAGAUAAUGUUCAGGGCCGAGUUGUUCAAAGCUGGGUUAAGAUAACCCAGGGUUAGAGCCAGAUUUGAAUUCAGAUUUGAAAGGUUAAAAAGCAUUUCAGUUUUAAUUCUUUUUGCCUACAAGUUGAUGAUUGGAAGCUCUAAAAAUAACUGAGAAAAUUAUCUGAGAAAAUGCUUUUGAACACAAGAAAAAGAAACCCGGGCUAAAUUUAUCCCCGGGUUAAGCGCUAAUCGGCCUUUGCAGGUGUAAAAAUUGAUCGUAAUGUUUCAUUUCAAUAGAAAAAGAAGAAGAGUGGAAAGAAAAGUGGAAAGAAAGGGAAAAAGAAAAAGAAAGAAAAGGAUUUGACAGCGGACAGGUUUGUGAUAUGUCACUGGCUUCUCUUAGCGUACGAUCCGCAGUAGUUAGUUUACAUCGUAAUGUCAUGGGCGAAUCAGUAGACUUGGUAGAAUUUUCUGGUAGAAGUGCAAGAAAAAGGGAAAUUUUCUUGAAAUUACUUACCUAGUAAGUGAGAAAACACAUUGGCAUGUGCCUUGAAAGGUUUCAUUAGCAGAACAACGCAUUUGCACGUGCUUUGAAUGGUUUAAUUAUCAUAACAACGCAUUUGUUGUUGUUGUUUCUUUCUUUUUUUCUUGUAUUGGCUGCCUAGUGGGUCGUCUUGUAUUAACAAUAACUUUACGUUUUUUAGAACUAUUGAGUCUCUAUAUGAAGAGUUGGUGCACGAAGGGAUUUUAGUUCGAGCUCCAAAAACUAGACUGAAAGAAUACGCUGGCGAAUACAGGUACAUCUUUACAUUGUGAUGUUGUCGCAGGGCCACCAAAACUAGUGUUUAAAUCUGACAAAGCUGCAAGCAGAAUAAAGCAGUCAGAAUGGAGCGAGGCUAAGGGCAGUCAAUAUCAGACAUGUUAUUGAUUGGGCACAGUUGGUUUAGUGCGGCCUUCUGUGCCAUAGGUGGUGAGCGGGAGAAGAUAGCUUAGGACAACACCCUCAAUUUUAUUACCCUGUCUAGGACAAACGACAAGAUUAACGCCGACUUAUUUUAGAGUCAUUUAUUGGCAAUUGCAAUUGGGAAAAUUCACAUCUUAGUCAUUGCUUUUGUAUUAUUUCGUCCAGGAAAAUCAAAUCAAUCGAGCAGGCUAUAACCUGUUUAUAAUUAGGACAGACUCUCAGAAUCUCAAGUUACAUACCCUGUUUAGAACAGACUUGCGCGAAACUAUAUACCCUGUUUAGGACAGAGAGCACAAAAAGCAUACCCUAUUCAGCGGCGCAUCCCCGUAGGGAGUACCCCCGUGGUUUCCGAGUACGAUUCCCAGCUGUGACCUCUCGAAGCAAGGGGGGGAGCCAACAACAAACUCAAUCCACAUACGGGGUCUCAAACCUGGGCGACAUUGGUGGGAGGCAAGUGAUCUCACCGCUGCGUCACCCCUGUUCCACCCUCCCCCACCCUUAUUUGGAACUUCCCCUCCAAAUAACGACUGUACGUUCUCGUUUCAUUUUAGUUACCUGGGUACCACACUCCGUCAGGCUAAUAUCGAGCCCAUGCCAUCCAUAUCUGACGUCAGAAGAGUCAUCACAGAGUUCGCGAUACUUCCAUUAGGUAACUAUUCAUCCGUCAGGUGAUUGUUAUUUUAACACAGAAUUUGAAAAUAUUCAUAGUUUGUGUGGACAUCACUAUGGGAUUUGGGGCUUUGGUAGUGUAGCGGUUUGCUGAGUUGUUCUCAGCCUUCGCCCCAUUGUAAGGGAUUCCGGAAUCUUGUAAAUUAUUGCUUGUUCAAUCCGGAAUCGGGGAAAAUUUUGCUUGAGGAAUCUGGAAUCUUGGUCUUUGAAAUCCGGAAUACAGCUCAAGGAAUCUGGAAUCCCACUAACGAUUAGAAUCCAGGGCUGAGUUGUUCGAAGCUGAGUUAAGAUAACCCAAAGAUAGUGCGAAAUUUGAAUUCAGAUAUGAAAGCUUAAAACGCAAAUUCAGUUUAAUUCUUUUCGUCUACAAUUUGAUGAUUGGCUAAUCUAAAAAGAGAAGAGAAAAUUUUCCGAGAAAAUGCUUUUGAAGAAAGAUUUAACCCUGGGUUAACGCUUAUCGGCCUUCGAACAACUGGGUCCAGAAUCCAAGUUUCACGGGCAAAGAUUGGGAUCCAGUAUAUGGAAUCCGGAAUCCAGAGUCCAAGACGUUGUUGGAUUCCCUGACAUGGGGCGAGUAGCCUGUAGUACUGGCCUUUAUUUUGGCGAGUGAUCACUCAACAUUUCGUGUAUUUAACCCGCUAUAUAUGAUUUCAAGAACAGAUCAAUCAGGCAUGUCGGAGAGAGUAGAAAGUACGAUCAUCAUUGACGCGGGAUAAAACGGGAAAAUCCAUGUGGGAAGAGGGAACAAAAUAUUCCCUUUUCUUGUCUGUUAGUUCCUUCCUGUAGGUACCGAGGCACUGAUAACGAACAACAAAAGAAACAAUACAACCAAACAAUAAAACUCCAGGAGAACUCUAUUUUUUGGUUCCCUUGUUUGUUUUGUGACAAAGGUACCUGCAGGAAGACCCUGUCUAUCUCUGUGUUCCCCUUGACUUGAAGAUCAUUUCAGAUGAAAUCCUGAGUAAGUUAAGUCCUCGUGCUGCCUGAUAAGAAAUCGUACCGGAACAUACUUUUCCCUUGAGUGCCAGCUCUUGAUCGGACGCGAAAAUUAUUGCCUAUAAACUGAUUGGUUGAAUUUUGACGUUUCGAUCUUUCUCUGCGAUUUGUCUUGCAGGAUCCCAAGCCGUACAUGAAAAGUCACCGCUGGUCAAAUCUGUUCUUAUCGCUGGCCCACGAGGCGUUGGAAAGAAAAUGCUGGUGCACUGUGUUUGCACGGAGACUGGAGCGAACAUGUUUGACCUGACAGCUGCUAAUAUCGCGGGAAAAUACCCCGGGAAGGCGGGGCUACAGAUGAUGUUACACAUGGUGUUCAAGGUAUAAUCACGUGAUUUUAACAUCUUUUGUCAGUGUUUCAACUUAGAGGGGUUUACAUGAGAAAACUCGCACCGGCGCGAGUUUCAUACCAGGAUGACUUUUUGAUUUCGCAUCGCGUUUACAUAAUGACUGGGUCAUUUCAUAUCUCGCUAUUUGAAGUUACACUAGAUGUUGAUGAAAUACACUUGUGAUUCAAAAUCGCAAACAUUACGCAUUCCCUACCGGCAGACCGAUUACGUAUCCAGUCUACUGGCAGACCGAUUUCACACCGAAACGUGUGGUCGUUUCGUGUUUUAAUCUGCGAGAUUUUACCGGGUGAAAUUUUACAACAACCGGGGUGAAAUCACGCUUUUUCGCGUCGGCGUGACAUUUUGUGGUGGUAUCAUGAAACAAAUGCAGAGCCAACAGGCGGAGUGAAUCCCGGGCGAAAGUCGUGUUGUUGUGUAUAGAUAUAUUUUCUUCUGCUUUCUUUCAUUGUAAAAGGCUUAAUCAGGACUGGGGGAUAUUUAUAGGGUGUUGGUGUAGGAAGACUGGGGGGAAGGGAAGCGGGCUUGAGCAUCUUUGUAGCUGUAGUUAACUGCGUUGACAUUCAUCCUCCAUUUCUUCUCUUUUCUGUUUACUACAGGUUGCUCGUCAACUUCAACCCUCAGUAGUCUAUAUCGGUGAUGCAGAGAGAACCUUUGUGAAGAAAGUUCCCAAGACAGACAAGGUAACAUUCAACUCUUUUUGAAAUUGAACUUUUUUUCACAUGUCAUGACCUCUGUUGCUACACGCUUAUUGUGAAUCAGAAAUCAAACAUUCACGUGCUACCAGUAGCCAGUCUACUACCAUGGGAGGGAAGAACCGUUGUCAAGGUGAACUGUCGAUGACAGAAGACGUGUAGCUGCCAGCCAGUGAAAAGCGCGGGAAAAAUCGAAUCGCUUUCAAGGUAGCUUCCAAGGGUAAAAAAAACGUGCAGCCGGUACAGUGCAGUUGGUACCGAAAGAGCGGGAAAACACAAGAAACUUCCUUCAGUAGCAAAAAAGAAACGUUAAGUUAACAAAAUUAUGUUCUUUUUAUUGUUUGCAGACCGACCCCAAGAGACUGAAGAAGGACCUGCCAAAGAUUUUGAAAACUCUGAAGCCAGAGGAUCGAGUCCUUAUCGUGGGCACCUCAAGAAUGCCCUUUGGUAUCCUUCAGUAAUACUGUGUAUUGAAAAUAGGGAUAAAUUCAGGUUUCUGGGAAACUGCCCACCUACCCCUCCCCUAAGCUAACAUUAACACUGACUUCUCACUUAAGGCAAAACGUUGGCUGAGGGAAGGGGUAGGUGGGCAGUUUCUCAGAAACGUAAAUUGAUCUGAGAAUAUAACAUACUGGUGCUUACCAUUUACAUUGGAAAACCGGAAAUUCCGGUUGAAAAAUUGAAUGGUUCAAGCCUUUCCUUUUGAGAAGCUAUAAAUAACAUGAUCAAACAAAUAACGGAAAACAAAUUCCGAUAACCUGCUUGGCACUUCCUCCAUGGAGGAACUCAAACCACAAGACGGCGCUUUUGUUCAUUAUUUUUUGUUGAACAUUCCCUCACUUAUUUUUUUAAAACUGCGCCCCCCCCGCGCCCCUUAACGCAAGGCCUGGAUCGGGCACAGAUAUGAACUACUCUUUUUAGAUAACCAGUUGAUCUGGAUAUACUUAGUAGUGGUCCUUCUCACAAACGUCAGUUUUAAUUUUUAAAUAUUUCAGCACGAGACUCUGUGCUAAAUGUAAGCAACUGUUAACACAAGAUAUCAUUAAGGUCGUUCUGAGUGUAAUUAUGGUGUUAAAUGAGACUUUAACACCGCUUUUUUUAUUGUUAACAUAAAGUUCGUUCUAUCAGACAGUUGGCCAUUUGUUAUUGCUUUCACGUGACGGUGAACAGGCUUUCUUUGUUUGAUGUGCUAAACGAAUGUUUGGCAUGAACCGUAAUAUCAGAGUUAGGUGUGCGCCUUUGGGUUCUUGUUGUAUUCCUUAACAAAACCAAGAUGCUGAGAUCAAGCCGUUCUGUGGUUUGUAUCAGAAAAUUCUUCUUCUUCCAAGACCUGAUUAUGCCUCGAGGUUCUGUAAGUAUACUCUAUUUAUCUCGAUCUAUCUGUUUAUUAAAGCACUUAAGAGUCUACUACAAAGAGUCUGCAGGUUUUUGCGGAAUUGCGUAGGUUACCUAGGUAACUGAUGUACCGGGACCUUUGAGGUUGACUUGCUUGUAGUCUGUAGUCGGUACAUUUGACGUCAACAUACACCAUGUACCUUGCGCACUAUGGCAACCAUCCGCGGUCCAAAGAGCCUGAGGACGCUGGAUACCUGAUCCAACACGCCGCGAUCUCUGAUUUUUGAGAGAAGGGUGGCUAAACGCAGAAUGAAUGCUUAAAACAUUAUCAAACGUUCGUGUUUGCUUGUAGUGUUAUGGAAGACGCUGGUCACAAGGUAUGGCGGACGCUUAACUGAGCAAUUAGACGUGAGUUCGUUGGCGAAAAUAACUGACGGCUACACUCCAGGUCACAUGGCCCAAGCUAUUCAACAGAUUCUUACAGAAAGGCGCGUUCAGCAGGUUUGUACUGCCCCAGUUUAUUACUUGUUGAUCGCUCAUGCCGAGACUUUUACUGGUAAAUUUUGACCAAUCACCAAGCUCUCCACCUGCGCGCGCCUGGGCCCCACUAAAAGGAGUUCGCUUCUCGGACCAUUCGUAAUGCGUAGAAAGCAUGCGUAGUACCAUAACGAGGUACUAUGCAUUAAGGAAGUUUCGCGCCGUAGUUUGUUAGCAGCACAGAACACAAAUGACGUCAGCAUGACUUAAAUUUGCAAUGUUUGUCUGACUUUUGUCAUUUGCAAACAUGACAUUUUAAUGACCAGAAGUGACGAAUGUGCUAAUGGAAGUUUGUUCAGUUCGAUAAAUAGGGACUUUAAGAUUCAACGACGCGACGGCAGAGAGAACGUCGCUUAAAAAGUGAAUUUGCCUUCUUUCAGUCUUUGUCGCAAUUAUUCCUACCCCCUUACUUUAUCAAAUGUAGGCGAACCCUCCUGGAGUUGAAUUCUUAGGGACCAUAUCCAAGUUCAGAAAGAGAAAUAUCAUUUCGUCGUUGCUUGUUUACGUACUCCAUAAAACGCGAAAUUAGGCAUUUUCACGUCGUAGUCGUCCAAAAACGGGUAAAGAAAUGUACAAACGAGCGUGAUGCACGUGCAAAGUUGUUGUUUUGGUUGUAAAACCUAUUGUUUUUAUGAAGUUCUCGUCGCCGUCCGCGUUGUUGGAUCUUAAAGUCCCUAAUGUUAACUGUGCACAGCGCCAUUGCGUACACUUAGUUUGCAUAUGAUGCUACAAAAUGUCAUGACGUCAUCGACCAGUAUUUCGUCUACAUUUCAGCUGUCAAAGAGACCGCUGUUAGCGGUAGAGUUUGUGGCACCACUAGCACGCAUUGAUCCAAUUUACAAAGAAGAGGAAGAGGCAUUUAAGGUGAGGGACAAAUCUCCUCGCGUGAGAAGUGCGUCACGAUGUGGCUAGACUGCAACACAGUCCGUAUUUUUGCGCGUUCAAGUAGGCGCGAGCAGUCAAACAAAAGGUCUGGAACGAGGCUGAGAACAGAGAGCGAGACUGGGGAGAGACGCUACGGGCGUGUGAGACUCGCGCGCCUCGCGCGCGUAAAACUUUUACGCCACGCUUUACAGAUUUCUUUACGACUGUUUUGCAGUCUACGAUGUGGCAAAAGGUGAUCUUAUUCAAUCCUAGUGCCCAGUCUUUACUCGCAUCACAAGCAAGAGAGCACGGAUGUCUCCACUUGUGAGAAGCUUAAGUUCGUUUGGUGAUAUUGGCAGGGGCAGAAUCUGUACAAUUUUGGAGCCGCUUAUUUUGCGUCUUUGGGAUUUUCAUGGGCGCAGGUUUACAGCCAUAUAUCUGACCAUACAUUGAGGCUGAACGACAGAGCUACUUUUAAUAAUAUGUACAAAUAUAGAUAAUAAAUAUACCGCCGAAUUUUACUCGCCAAGUUACGAUAUUGCGAUUGAGGAACCGAUGAUUUCUACAGUUGCCAAGUCUCCGGGAACUCCCUUAAACAUGCUCCUUUACCUUGCAGACUUGGUACGCCAAGACACCGCUGGGCAAAAAGCGCGCCAAAGCCGCGGCAGGAGAUGAUGAGGGAGACAAGAAAGGAAAGAAAGGGAAAAAGGGAGGAAAGAAAAAGAAGAAGUAA